CGGUCAGUGCAACGGCAGCGAGCGCAGCCAGAUUCAGCUGUUGUGGCCGAAGAUGGCGUCGUGUGGACGUGUUCAGGUGUUUCUGCUCCUUAUGUCGCUCUUUCUUCUCUCUGUAGACUCUCUUAAACCUCUUCCAGGCUUUGGGAACGCGCAUCCUCAGGCUGUCGCCGUGCAACAGCAGCUUAGAGCGGCGGUACCGAAUCCCGCAGCCGCGUCCUCCGGGUCUCAGUCCAGAAGAUCCACUGGCUGGAAGCUGGCAGAAGAGCAGGCCUGCCGGGACGACGUGACCCGACUCUGUCCCAAAAACACCUGGACCAAUAACCUGUCUGUGCUGGAAUGCCUGCAGGACCGGAAGGAGGAGACUGAGUUUGCUGUGGAUUGCAACCAUCUGUUGUGGAACUACAAGCUGAAUCUCACUACAGAUCCAAAGUUUGAGUCGGUGGCUCUUGAAGUGUGUACAAGCACUAUGUUAGAGCUGAAAGAGUGUGCGGAUGAGGAAAGAGGGAAAGGCUAUCUGAUGUCCUGCCUGGUGGAUCACCGUGGCAACGUCACUGAACGCCAGUGUCAUCAAUACAUCACGAAGAUGACCAGCAUCAUCUUCAGCGACUAUCGACUGAUUUGUGGGUUUAUGGACAAAUGCAGAGAAGACAUCAACACGCUGCAAUGUGGAAGCAUCACGGUUGGAGAAAAAGACCUGCACUCACAGGGCGAGGUAAUCGCGUGUCUGGAGAGAGCUCUCGUCAGAGAGGCGGAGCAACAGGAACACACUCAUCCAAUCAAGAGCGACUGUAAGAAAGCCAUCAUGCGAGUGGCAGAACUGUCCGCCGAUGACUUCCAUCUGGACCGUUACCUGUACUUCUCCUGCCGAGAUGACCGAGAACGCUUCUGUGAAAACACUCAAGUGGGAGAGGGCCGAGUGUACAAAUGUCUGUUCAAUCAUAAAUUUGAGGAGGGCAUGUCAGAAAAGUGUAGAAACGCCCUGACCACUCGACAAAAGCUCAUUGCUCAGGAUUAUAAGGUCAGUUACUCCCUCGCCAAGGCCUGUAAAGCUGACCUGCGCAAAUACCGCUGUAACCCGGACAGCAGCAUGCCCCGGGCACGAGAGGCCAGACUCUCUUACCUCCUCCUGUGUCUGGAGUCGGCAGUUCACAGAGGUCGUACGGUGACCGGAGACUGUCAGGGUGAGAUGCUGGACUACAGACGCAUGCUGAUGGAGGAUUUCUCUCUGAGUCCUGAGAUUGUGCUGCACUGCAGGGGAGAGAUUGAAGCCCACUGCUCCGGACUCCACCGUAAGGGUCGGACCCUUCACUGCCUCAUGAGAGUGGCCCGCGGGGACAAGGGCGCGGUGGACAAUCUCUGCCAGACGGCGCUCCAGACUCUGAUCCAGUCGGCAGACCCCGGUGCUGAUUAUCGGAUCGAUCGAGCUUUGAAUGAAGCCUGUGAAUCUGUCAUUCAGACGGCCUGUAAACACAUCCGCAGCGGAGAUCCCAUGAUUCUCUCUUGUCUCAUGGAGCACCUCUACACGGAGAAGAUGGUUCAGGACUGUGAGCAUCGUCUUCUGGAGCUUCAGUACUUCAUAUCAAGAGAUUGGAAACUCGAUCCAAUCUUAUAUCAUAAAUGUCAGAACGACGCGUCCAGACUCUGUUACACGCCGGGCUGGAACGAGAGCAGUGAGCUCAUGCCUCCUGGAGCUGUUUUCUCAUGUCUGUAUCGCCACGCGUACCGCACAGAAGAACAGGGCAGACGGCUGACGAGAGACUGUAAGGUGGAGGUUCAGAGAAUUCUUCAUCAGAGAGCUUUAGACGUGAAGCUGGAUCCCGAACUUCAGAAACGCUGCAUGAUCGAUUUGGGCAAAUGGUGCAGUGAUAAGACCGACACUGGACAGGAGCUGGAGUGCCUACAGGACCAUCUGGAUGACCUGGUGUCAAACUGCAGAGAAAUAGUGGGCAACCUGACAGAACUGGAAUCAGAGGACAUUCAGAUCGAAGCUCUUCUGAUCCGAGCGUGUGAACCUGUCAUUCAGAACCACUGCCGUGAUGUAGCUGAUAAUCAGAUAGAUACAGGGAAUCUUCUGGAAUGUCUGGUGCAGAACAAACAUCAGAGAGAAAUGAAUGAAAAAUGUGCUGUGGGCGUCACUCAUUUUCAGCUGAUUCAGAUGAAAGAUUUCCGCUUCUCCUACAAGUUUAAAAUGGCAUGUAAGGAGGACGUGCUUAAAUUGUGUCCCAACAUUAAGAAGAAGGCAGACGUGGUCAUCUGUCUGAGCACCACAGUGAGGAACGACACGCUACAGGACGUGAAAGAUCAACGUGUUUCUCUGAAAUGUCGCAAACAGCUGAGGGUGGAGGAGCUCGAGAUGUCAGAGGACAUUCGACUGGAGCCCGAAUUACACGAAGCAUGUAGGAAAGAUGUUCACAAACUUUGCUCCUCUGUCCCCUAUGGAAAUGCUCAGAUCAUCGAGUGCCUCAAAGAGAACAAGAAGGUGCUCUCUCAGACGUGUCAUCAGAAGAUCUUUAAGCUUCAGGAAACAGAAAUGAUGGACCCCGAACUGGACUAUCAGCUCAUGCGAGUGUGCAAGCAGAUGAUCAAGCGUUUUUGCACAGAGUCAGAUGCUAAGAGCGUUCUUCAGUGUCUGAAACAAAAUAAAAACAGUGAACUGAUGGAUCCAAAGUGUAAGCAGAUGAUCACCAAGAGACAGAUCACUCAGAACACAGACUACAGGUUGAACCCUGUGUUAAGGAAAGCUUGCAAGGCAGACAUCCCUAAAUUCUGUCAGAGCAUUCUCAACAAAGCCAGCGAUGCUCAUGAACUAGAAGGUCAAGUCAUAUCUUGCCUGAAACUGAAGUAUGCCGACCAGCGUUUGUCUUCAGACUGUGAAGAUCAGAUCCGAGUGAUACUUCAGGAAUCGGCGCUGGAUUAUCGGCUGGAUCCACAGCUACAGGCUCACUGCAAUAAUGAGAUCACGCGGCUUUGUGCCGAGGAAGCUACGGCGCAGGAACAGACGGGUCAGGUGGAGGAAUGUUUGAAGAACAACCUGUUGAAGAUUAAAAAGGAGGAAUGCAAGACGGAGGUGUUAAACAUGCUCAAAGAAAGUAAAGCAGACAUAUUUGUGGAUCCAGUACUGCAUACUGCCUGCGCGCUGGAUCUGAAACAUCACUGCGCAGCCAUCACACCCGGAAGAGGCAGACAAAUGUCCUGUUUAAUAGGUGCUCUGCAAGACAAGCAGGUGCGUUUACAGCCUGACUGUAAUAGAAGAUUACAGGACCGUAUAGACAUGUGGAGCUACGCUGCUAAGGUGGCACCACCUGAAGGUUUCUCAGACCUCGCUUUACAAGUGAUGACGUCACCUUCAAAGACUUACAUCCUGUUAAUGAUCACACUGUCUGUGUCCAUCCUCUUCCUCGUGGGGCUGCUGUGUGGCCGCAUCACCAAACAUGUCACCAGAGAGCUGAAGGACAGGUAGAGCGAGGAUCCCGGCCCAUACGCAUCCCAUCCUCAUUUUCUGCCCUCGCUUCUCUCCGUAGGACUUUGGGGACUGUCGGUGGAUGUUCUGUGGACUGGCGUUAUAUGUGGAACCCACUGUAGCCCAUCAAGACAACAAAAUCCACUCGAAUCCACACGUUGGACAUAUAAACGCGCCUCAGACAAGAUCAUGAUCGUUUUGGGACAUUAUGCCUCGAUUUGUGUUUAUUGUUUUGAAAAUGAAAGCCUUACAACAUGACUCUACUCAUAGGGUCACGUGUCAAUGCAGUAUUUUUAGCACCGUUUGUUUUUUUCUCCGUUCUUUCAGAAUUUAGAUAGGGCUUUUUGAAGUGAAAGUUCAGAACUUGAUCAUUUUUGUGGUUCAUCACUAUAAUAUUUUUUUUGAAAUCUGAAAAUCACAAGGUUGAGAUUACUUUGAGUGGGAUUGUGGGGUGUUUCGCUCAAGAUGUAUUUAUGACUGAAAUGAUAAAAGCGCUUUACGGCCCUGUUUUACAGACGAGGCUUGGCUUGAGCCAGUUAUAAUAAUUCAUAAUAAUAAUUCAUGAAACUUAUGUAGCGCUUUUCUGUACACUCAAAGCGCUUUAGGUGGAAGGGGGAAUCUCCUCAACCACCACUAAUCUGCAGCAUCCACCUGGAUGUUAAAUAAGGAUAUUUAAGUCACUUUUAAUAAAAUGCCUUAGAUAAAAACAUCGCCGUUGUUUUGACUCAAGAUGCACACAAGUUAUUACAUUUUUUAAGCAGGGCAAUUUAUUUUUAGUCAAGAUAGCUUAAACGUUAAUUUAGUCUGGGACUUGUCUUAAGCCUUGUCUGUGAAACCGAGUAUGAAUGUCUGGUUCUGACACAUGAAAUGUGGAAUGUAAUCUUACGCCGGGGCAAAGAUGUUUCCCGUCCGAAUGGGUCGAAUCUCAUGAAAAACUUGUCCAAGUAUAUAUCUAUAUUUUUACAUCACAAAUUAACUCACACAAACUUUUCUUUUUAAUUGUGACAAUUGAGAACAUUUGCUUUUCCCGCACGAUUUGAAAUGGUGGUUUUUAUUUAUUUAAUGUACAGAACCUAAUCACUAUAUGUACAUUACAGCAAAUACAUGGAGAUUUCUAACACCUCAGUAAUGAAAAUAGGGUGAAUUUCUUCUUGAUAUAUUUAGAAUUACGUGGUAAAACAUGCUUUGUCAUGAAAAUAACGUCUUAAUGCUGAAAAGCAAAAAAUUUAGGUUUGCUUUUUUUCAGUAAAGUUAUUUUUUCUAUUUCUUUCUUUUGUGUUUUCCCAAGUGAUCUCUGAAAUGUUUGGCAAAGCAUGUUUACAUUAUUAUGAUGCGCUAGAGAAGAAGUGCUUAAAUGUCUGCAGCUCUUCAGAAGGGCAAACAUUCACAUAAGUUUCUGUUCCUUUGGACCAACUUUAUAUGAGUUAAAAAAAGUCACAGUACGUCCUUUUAGAUAUUUUCCUUCAGAGGUAUUCAAAUGUUGUGCAAUUGGACUUUUCAGUGUUUUACUGUCUUUGACUUAGGCCUUAUUUAUUGUUUACAACCUAACUGUGCUUAGCUUGGUUUUAUAUUUGUCUGCAUAAAAGGAAAUUUCAUCGAAGGACGGUGGGUCUGAAGUUUGUGGAACCCUGAUGUACUGCGAUGGCAUAUUUGCCUUUUUUUCGAUUAGUUAAAAAGUUAAUAUGACGAUGACUGUGAUGUUUAUAUGCAUAAUGCCUGUUGGAGGUCUGCAUUCAGUAACAUAUGAAAUAGCUUGCAUGUCAAUGCUGGAAGAAUUUGUUUUCUGUUGCCUUUAAGCAGUGUAUACUGUGGAUGCCAAGAGAUCUUUGUCGAAGGUAAAUCUGACAAGAACAAGACCAGGUCACAUUUCACUCCGUUUCUAAAGAAAGGAGGAAAAGGGAAAUUAUAUAUUGCAUAUAGUCUUCCUUUGGAUUGAAGAUUUCCUGCAUCGUGGCCUUACUCUGGUCAAAAAUUUGACACAUUUCCCUCUGAUCGUAAUACUUCACACUGUGAUGUAUAGAAACUUCUUUUAAUUGAUUACAGAAAUUGAAAGGGAAUGUGCCCGCCAUGUCACAAGGACAAAAAAUUGACUUCCAUUCAGCAAAAUAUAUUUUAUUUCAGGUUAAAUGUGACCUAGAGAUGUUCUUGACAGGGUUACAGAGAUUCAACAGUUUUUCAUUUCUUUGACAGGAGCUGAAUCAUUAUAGAAACAGUUUUAUAUCAUCUCUGGAGGAGCAUGUAAUGCCAUUUUGUCCACUAUACAUGUUUAAACAGAUUCAUAAAUAUCCCAGACUUCAGUAUUUGGGGACAGAUUUGUACUUUGUAAUAUUUUGCAGACGUACUGCUUACCUCUGAGCAUUUAUCAUAUCAGUGUGAUUCUGUAAAUAGUAGAGCUGAUGUGCAAACUACAGACCACGUCCAAGCUUUCCGAUAGGAUGAAUUCAAACGAUCACAGUUGAUACUGUAGAUAAGGAAACGUUAAAGUUAUUUUAUUUUAAAUAGGUUCCUUCUAAUUAAUUUUGAAAGAGAGCUUUGAUUUUUUUUAUGUUUAUUUUUUUCUGGUGUACCUGACUGUUUUUCAUUUAACAGGAUUCUAGCAGUACAGAAAGUCUGGUCAUUGGUCACCUUUUUUUUUGCACAUCAGAGUAAGUCUGUUUGUGCCGGCGGUCUAGACCAUCAGUAUUACGGUCUACAAUCACAUGAGGAGUGGAAAGAGUGCAGGAUAUUUUCCUCUAAGUGGGUUAUAAAGACUUUCUCUUUGAUUUUUUUUAAAACAAAAUGUCCCAUGGGAAUGAAAGAUUUAGUUUAAAUGAUUGGAUGUUUUUUUAUAUACCUUUUGUGCAUUUUGGACUAUUCAUGUCACUAGAGAUUUUAGGUUAAUGUAACAAUGUAGGAUUGCAUUUAAGUGAAUAAUGUGUGUACUCCUGAAUCCGGUUUGAAAACCACUUACGUCACACACAAAGUUGAGACUGGUCACAAUUUCAUACCAGUGUGCAGAGCCAAAGAUCAUCCUGCUUUGUUUUAAUAUUCUUUAACUUCUGUCUCCUGAAGACUCAAACUUUAUGUGGCUCCAAACUCUGCGAGGCAGUUUUCCACGUUUCAUCUGAACAAUUGAUUUCAUUUUAAAUGCGAAAUUAUUAAGCAUUGUAAAAUGUUCUGGCUGUGAUAUUCUUCUCAUUCUGCCAUGUUGUGACGAAUCUGAUUUUUUGUUUUAUUUGAUUCUGUACGAAUUAUGAAUGGGAAGUUUAAUAAAACUUGUAGGUUUUCUUAA